AUGAACACCCGAAGCACGACCCGCGAGGAGGAGGGGGACGUUGUCGCCAGCGCUUCCCCCAAGGCGGAGCAAGACCGCGGCAACAACCAAGAAGAGCACGAAGGCGACGACCCGGACACCAAGAUCCGCGAUGCAAUUGCGGAGCUGACCGCGAAUCUGCACAAGAUUUCGUUCGGUGAGCCCUCAGACCCCAACGCCAAGUCCCUCCUCCCCAAUAUCGCGACCUCCAGUCAACUUAAAGAGGAGCUGGCAGCCAUAUGCAACGAAGUCUUCCGCGUCCUCGGUCCUUACAACCUCGAGGCCACGUACCAACGAGCGCUGGCUCUGGAAUUGAGGGAGCGUGGGGUGACGGUACUGUCCGAGGUGGAGAUCCCCGUGCUCUACAAGGGCCAGCGGAUCGCCACACGCCGCGUGGAUCUGUACCUGAAACUGCAGGAUAAGCCCGUGAUCCUGGAGCUCAAGGCGGUCGUCACGGGCCUCAAGCCCGACCACCUGAAGCAGCUCAAGUUUUACCUGGCCCACUUCGACGUGAGCGAGGGAUUCCUCAUCAACUUCCCGCAUAUUACGGGCUUUCCGGACGAGAGCGGCGUGCAGUACAGUGAGCACGUGCUGCAGCCUGAAGGCGGCGCAGGCGUCGGGGACAGAGUCACCAGGUCCACGACACCCCGCAAGGACGCAGCGCCCAAGAUCAUCCACGUGCAGCAGAUCAAGACGCCGGCCAAGAAGACCAAGACCAAGACCAAGACCAAGACCAAGACCAAGACCAAGACCAAGGCCAAGCAUGCGUAGCCUUGGAACACGGUGCGAAGAGCGAGAGUGUAAUAGCCACGCGCUUCCGUCUUCAGGUGAAGGUUGCAGUUGUCCGUGACUUCAUCCAUCGAAAGCAGCUUGUGUAAGAACAGCGGGUUGACCAGUCUCGCCUGGCCGCCGAGUUAUAUACCGCAGCUCCGCAAGUCGGAUGUUCGUAUGUAGAAUCGCGAAAGAGAGCGCCACCUCUCCCUCUUUCCAAUGCAUACAUACUC